CGGCUGAAGGGUCUUCGGAGCGAGGGGCGGUGCGGAACCCUCGGAAAUAAUUUCAAAACAAAAGCCUUCGUCUGGGAAAGACGCUUGAUGUAUAUUUUGAGAUAUCGCUGGAAUUACAAACGAGAGGUCAUUGAGACAGGCUUUAAUCCACUCUGAGAUACCUAUACCGAUAAGAAUAGUGUUAUAGAGGGCGAGAAAAGGCUUAGUUUGGGAAAGCGAGAAGGAUAUUGACGGAUUCAAACUUGACUGAUACAUUACUCAAGCACAAACGACGGGUCUUAACAACCAUAAUUAGGUAGACAAGGAGCUUCAACACAAUUCCUUUCAAAACAAGCCGAUACACGCUACAACUUCAAUCUGUAGCAGCAAAGAGAGAAGGGUGCGUCUACAAAGUGCAGCGCCUGAACUUCUUCUUCUUCUUUGGGUUUAAUGGCGGAUCGCAACCAACUUUAAAGUGCAUACCGCCACCUACUGUACAAGAUUGUGUAACAUCAUGUCAUUUGCCCUUUCUUAAAUUCUACUCACCAGCGUUGUGUCCUCAACUUAAUCUGCGCUUGAACUUUUAUUUUGAAAUCCAUACCUACAAAAUAAAACGGAAGUAGAAUUCCGCGCAGGCGCAAUAGCCACACACGUUGUUUUGGAAGUUGUUCAUGCAAAAAUAGACAUAUUUCCGUGUUUGAUAAGCUUAAGUCCUAGAGUUUUAUCGUUGUUUCGCAUGUGUGUCUUACUUUGGACUAUCAUUACCUGUUAUUAGCUGUUCUAAAACUAGGUGACAGGAAAAGCUAAAGUUUAAAGAAAGCUAACUAGCUGGAUAGCCUAGCCCUUUGCAGCGACAGCAUGGCAGCUGUACUGGGGCUGAUAGCUGGGAGCUACGAGCAAGUCACAUUUGGGUACCGAGUGAAAACUGAUCAAGAAAAGUGGACAGCGAAGGCAGACUUCACUAAUCAUGCCCACACAGCAUCUAUAUCAGCUGCAGCAGCCAGCGAGAGGUUUGUGGUCACAGGAAGCAAAGAUGAGACCAUCCAGCUGUACGACAUGAAGAACAAGGUCGAACACGGAGCUCUACUGCAUCAUGAUGGCACCAUCUCUUGCCUGGAGUUUUACGGGACGUCUCAUUUACUGAGCGGAGGCGAGGACGGACUCAUCUGUGUUUGGGGCACAAAGAAAUGGGAAUGUCUGAAAUCCAUCAAAGCUCACCAAGGUCAUGUCACAUCGCUGUCCGUCCAUCCAUCUGGAAAAAUUGCACUUUCAGUCGGAACAGAUAAAACUCUCAGAACUUGGAAUUUAACUAACGGAAGAUCAGCCUUCAUCAAAAACAUAAAACAGAAUGCACACAUAGUCAGAUGGUCUCCUGAGGGGGAUAAAUAUUUGGUUGUGGUGAACGACGAAGUGCACAUCUAUGACCUGGAGACCGCCUCUGUGACGGCAACAAUGAAAAACCCCAAGAGGAUUUCAUCUGUGAAGUUCUUAAAUAACUCCAUCCUGGCUGUAGCAGGAGACGAUGAAACAGUGAGGUUAUGUGACUUGGGAAAAGAAGAGUGGGUGUGUGAGUUUAAGGCUCAUGAAACCAGAGUGAAAGCGGUUGACAGUUUUGUGAUGGAGGAUCACUGCAUACUGGUCACGGCUUCAAAUGACGGCUUCAUCAAAAUGUGGAAACUUUUUCUUAAAGAGGAGCUGGAGUCUCCCACUCUGCUCAUGGAAGUGAACACAACGGCCCGACUGACGUGCCUCGCUGUGUGGAAACCUUCCUCUGUACAACUGACCGCUGAGGAACCAGCCGCUCAGGCCACAACAUCUCAAGAACUGAUUCAGGAGCUUUCAAAGACGAAGAGAGUCCGAAUUGCAACGGAAGAAGUUAUUCUAGAAGACGAAAGCAAACCCAAGAAGAAGAAAAAGGGCGGUGGAAAUAAAAUGAAAAAAUAAAAUCAGUUUUAUUAUUCAUGGCCUUUUUUACUUUUGGACUUAUUUUGUUGCAUAUGCAUCUUAUUUUUGUCGUUGCCCAACUUUUGUGAACAUCAUUUGUAAAAAUAUGUUGAACUCUGAAAGAACAAUUACAAUGGAAAUGAAAUCAGCAACAAUAAAUAUGUUUCAUAAUCCAUACACUGCUUUUAAUCCCGGGUUAUAUAUUUUUAAAUGCUCAUGUUUACCAUGUAUGGAUAAAGCACAGCUGUUGGUUUAAUGCUUCUGAAGGAUAUGUUUUUGUGGCAAGAUAGUUACAAGUCUAUUUUGGAGGCAUUGCUUUCUGUUUUUGGCAAUGUUUAAGACUGAUGAUAUAUCAAUAAAAAAAGAUAUGAAAUAUCA